AUGGGUUCAAUUGGAAAAGUUGUAUGUAUUUGUGUUGAUGGAUUUAAAGGAGCACGAUGUGAAACAUCAGGUUAACCAUCUUGUGUAAUUUUGAAAAUGCAUCCUCUUGGUCACUUUACCAAACUCUCAGAUUAUAUAUACUUAUAAUUUUUCACCCGUGAUCAACUUCUUCGAAACUCUAUAUCUUCAGUCAUUGUCAUUCCAAUCUUAGUUCACUUCCGAAUUUCUCAACCGAUUAAGUAUGUGUAAUUUCGCAUUAAUUAAUAUGUUAUAGUGCCCGAUUGCACCGGGAAUCCUUGCAAUAAAGGAAAGUGUAAAGUCGAUGAUGGAAAAGUGAAAUGUUCUUGUGGGAAAAAUUAUAUGGGAGAAUAUUGCGAAAUCAAAGGUGAUUGCAAAUUUGAUAAUAAAAAUAUUCAGGAAUUUCAGGGAGUUAUUUACGGGAUUAGGUUUGUUAUUGGAGUUUAAUAACCUUAUAAGUUUUAGUCCCGCCUGGUCCGCCUGCGGUUCCUGUAGCAGAUUAACUUCAAUUAUCUGGUAUUUUAUCUGUUUUAUGCAAUGUUUCACUAUGCGAUGGAAUUUGGUAUUACAAACGGGAAAUUUAUAAUCAGAUGAUCAAACUGAUGCAAAAUGUUAGAUUGUAAUGCAAAAUGACUGAAAAACGACAAACUUCGCAAGGCUAUAUUAUCCGCAUUUUACAACAAUUCGCAACGAAACUUCGGAAUAUUACUAAUUUUGUGGUGCUCUUUCAAGCUGUGAUGAAAUUGUUGCCCAGGCAAAUCUAGAUCAAAAUUUCACUCAUAAGGGGAAAGGUCUAUUAAUGGCAGGAUUUUUUAAAAUGUUUUUACUUUGCUUUAAACAAGCGAUGAGCAAGAUAUAUACGUAUAAAGAUUUUAACGACCUUCCCUGCAAAGCUUGCCUGGAGUUCUUAAACAAGCGGAGGCACAUAAAAAAUAUUGUAAUGUAGCUAAGUUGGACGGCAAGACUGUAAAGAGCGUUUACGACAAAGCAAUGAAUGCACACCACUCAGAUUCAAGCUAAAUCUUUUGAGAGUAUGUGUCGCCAUGCGAGAACUCUAUUGCCAGUUGCUAUUCGUGUCAAAUCGACUUUUUACUACACUGUUUACAACACAUUGUAUAAAUUAACGUUAAUAUAAUCAAAACCUGAAACGGACGUGAUGUUUCCUGCAUGGAAAAGCUUUUCUUCAUUGAUGCGUGGAGCCCAAAUGGAUGUACAUUGUAGGCUACAAUUGUUUUUAUAGGGAAACGUUUUCAUAUCGUGAUCAAUAUUUCAGAAAGGUUAAUAAAUGUUAGUGCAUAGACCUUUUUUAAGUUUUUACCUUGUUGAUAAUAUUUUCCAUUUUUUCAUCAGAAAUGAAAAAUAUUUCCUCGAACUGCAAAUGAAUGGGAUACGAGACUAACAUACAUGUAUAUAAUGCCUGACUCCAAGUACUCACAUAUGUUUUAAUAUAUUUUCUAUCACAUACAGUCACGUGUGCUGACCAUCCUUGUGAACAUGGUGGUGUUUGUGGUGCUAAUGGCGAGUCGUAUUCGUGUUCCUGUAGAGCUGGGUACUCUGGAUCCAACUGCGAAAUUAUAG